GGUAACAAUGAAGUGAUGAAGGCAACACUAAAAUACUUGGCAGGAAUAGCAGGUCCUAGUGGUUUUGGCUCAAGUUCAACCGCUGAGCAAGUUACUCAAAAUUCCUCUCAAUUCCUUCCUUCCCAUCUAACUGCUCUCAUCACUGGUGGGAGUUCUGGUAUUGGAGCUGAAACAGCUAGGGUGUUAGCAAAGAGAGGAGUGAGAGUUGUGAUUGGUGCGAGGGACUUGAAGAAGGCAAGUGAAGUUAGAGAAAAUAUACAAAGAGAGAGUCCUAAAGCUGAGGUUAUUCUAUUGGAGAUUGAUCUUAGCUCUUUUUGUUCUGUACAAAGAUUUUGUACAGAGUUUUUAGCUUUAGAUCUUCCACUUAAUAUUCUAAUAAACAAUGCGGGCAUAUUCUCUCAAGAUUUGGAGUUCUCUGAAGAUAAAAUUGAGAUGACAUUCACCACAAAUUACUUAGGACAUUUUUUGUUAACAGAAAUAUUACUAGACAACAUGAUAGAAACAGCAGAGAAGACAAAUAUUCAAGGAAGAAUAAUUAACGUUUCUUCUGUCAUACAUAGCUGGGUGAAGAGAGAUGGUUUUUGUUUCACUGAUAUACUCAAUGGAAAAAACUAUAAUGGAACACGCACUUAUGCUCAAUCAAAAUUGGCAAAUAUUUUGCAUGCCAAAGAAAUAGCCAGACAACUCAAGGUAAGGAAUGCAAGAGUAACUAUCAAUGCAGUACAUCCAGGUAUUGUGAAGACAGGAAUUAUUAGAGAUCAUAAGGGCCUAAUAAUAGUUCCAUAUGCAGGCUCCUUAUUUUUCAUUGCAUCAAAGUUAUUCAAAUCGACAUCACAGGGUGCAUCAACUACAUGUUAUGUGGCUUUGAGUCCUAAAACAGAAGGAGUGAGUGGGAAAUACUUUACAGAUUGUAAUGAGAGUAAGUGUUCUGGCUUAGCAAAUGAUGAAUUUGAAGCUCAAAAGUUAUGGAACAACACUCAUGCCUUGCAUCAAAAACGACUCCAUCAAGCACAAUUUGAAGAAUUUCUUCCCCUUAAAUUUGUAGACUCAUUAGUUUAGACACAAUGUAUAUUGGAUUAAAUAUUCAUUUACGUUAAGCACUUAAGCUAGUGAUAGGUAAGAUAGGUAUAGUUCGCCACUUUGAUUUUGUUGUACAAAUAAGUGAUUAGUAUAGUUGUAAAAAUAAAGUGAUGAGUCGUCAGUAUAAACAAAGCAUAAAUUAAAUCAUUAUAUG